AUGGACACCACGCACGAGCAGUUCCUCAAGAUACAGAUCGAUCCCGCUUUCUACAGAAGUGGCGAGCACUCCGACAUCACUGUCCGCUAUGGUAACGGCAGCGAUACACGCGAGCGGAUGCUCCACAAAAUCGUCCUUUGCUCCCAGUCCGAGUUCUUCAGGCUCAUGCUAGCUGCCCCGAUGAAGGAAUCGCAUGAGAACAUGGUUGAGCUUCAUGAGGACCCGGAUCUUAUCGACUCGGCCAUCGACUUCAUCUAUCUCGGCUCGCUCACGCUGCCCGACCUCGCCUCUCCCGCGCAUGUUGCCAUUCGUAUUCUCCGCACCUACGAAAUCGCCAACCAGUACAUGAUCGGUGCGCUCCAGGACGCUGCCGCGACGCGUUUCUCAAAUCUAAUCAAGCUCAACCCUUCUCUGAGCGCCAACGUGACCGUCUUGCGCGCAGCGUACGAAGACUUGACCCGCGACACUCACAACCUGCAGAAGCUGAUUGCCCGGGCGUACAACAUCUGGGCUCCGGCCAUUUCUCACGAGAUGAAAUCUUUCCUUCUCGAGAACAAGGACGCCAUCAGUGAGUAUCGUACCAUCAGUUUGCUCAAAAAGCGCUAA